GUCCCUCGCUCGGGGCCGUGCGCGCAGGGCCUCCCGGCUCGUUCGUCCCCAGUCAUCCUAGAACGGCCGGGGUCGGAGAACCGUGUAUCCAGCCAUGUUCUCCUUGGCGCUGCGGGCCAGGGCGUCCGGCCUCACCGCUCAGUGGGGAAGACAUGCAAGGAAUUUGCAUAAGACAGCAGUGCAAAGUGGUGCUGGAGGAGCCUUAUUCGUGCAUAGAGAUACUCCUGAGAAUAACCCAGAUACUCCAUUUGAUUUUACACCAGAAAAUUAUAAGAGGAUAGAGGCAAUAGUAAAAAACUACCCAGAAGGGCAUAAAGCAGCAGCCGUGCUUCCAGUCCUGGAUCUAGCCCAAAGGCAGAAUGGAUGGCUACCUAUCUCCGCUAUGAACAAGGUGGCAGAAGUUUUACAAGUACCUCCAAUGAGAGUAUAUGAAGUAGCAACUUUUUAUACAAUGUAUAAUCGAAAGCCAGUUGGGAAGUACCAUAUUCAGGUCUGCACUACUACACCUUGCAUGCUUCGAGAUUCUGACAGCAUAUUGGAGACCCUUCAGAGAAAGCUUGGAAUAAAGGUUGGAGAGACUACACCCGACAAACUUUUCACUCUUAUAGAAGUGGAAUGUUUAGGGGCCUGUGUAAAUGCACCAAUGGUUCAAAUAAACGACAACUACUAUGAGGAUCUGACACCCAAGGAUAUUGAAGAGAUUAUUGAUGAACUCAAGGCUGGGAAAGUUCCAAAACCGGGGCCAAGGAGUGGCCGCUUCUGUUGUGAGCCAGCCGGAGGCCUUACUUCUUUGACUGAACCACCCAAAGGACCUGGCUUUGGUGUGCAAGCAGGCCUUUAACUUAUAUUCAACUGUAAAAGUGUCACUGGAGAAAUAAAAUAUGAACUUACAUAAUAA